CUUUUGGUCACACAGGAACCAACGUAGCCGAAAUAACGUAUGUUACAACACGGACCUUAUAGGCCGUAACACCAUCUGGUCCCAUCUUGGGUAGAGCGAGAGAAGGGAAAACGAAGGGAACCGUCCAUAUUACAGCUGCUCUAUCGGCACUGUUCAUGGUUAUGGACCCUCCUGGUGGGGGAGACGAGCGUCGGAGACAGGCCGAGCGUCUUCGGAGGGAGGAGGCCUACUAUCAUUUUAUAAAUGACCUGAGCGAAGAGGAGUAUCGUCUUAUGAGAGACAGCAACCUGUUGGGGACCCCCGGGGAGGUGACAGCCGAAGAGCUCCAGCAACGUCUGGAUGGAGCCAAGGAGCGCGAGUCAUCCCAGCCAAGCACUGAGCAGCAUUUGCCUGCCGCUGAGCCAGUGGAGCAGCAGGGCGGUAGCGGAGAGGAGAGAGGCUCCAGCGGGAGACGAGGAGCAGGUAGUGCAGAGCCAGGGGCCGAAUCAUCCAACGGGGACUCGUUGCUGGAGUGGUUGAACACUUUCCGGCGCACUGGGAACGCCACCCGCAGCGGGCAGAGCGGCAACCAGACGUGGCGCGCCGUCAGCCGGACCAACCCCAACAGCGGUGAGUUCCGCUUCAGCCUGGAGAUCAACAUCAACCACGACCAGCCAGAGGCGGGGGAGCACGCUGACGCGAUAGACGCUGCCGAGCAGCCCGUCGCCGACGCCGUCCCGCCGGGUUCAACCUCGCCGCCCCGCCGCGCCGCUUCUUCGGCCGGCACACCCAGGCCGUCCCCUUAUCCCACGCCUCGGCCCGCCCUCAGCAGGAGGAUGCAGACCCGGCGCACGCGCAGCAGCAGCAGCGCCCUCUCCGUGACCCCACCUGCACUUUCAGCCCCUCGUGCGCCCCCACCUCAAAGGAGAGGCGACGCCACGCACUCUUUGGUACCGCAGCCCACGAGUUCUCAUUCGGACGAGUCGGCAUCUUCCGCUCGUGCGCCCACCAAUGCAGAACUGGAGCAAAGCCAGGACAAUGUGACUUUAUCUCUUGACUGUCCCCGAGUGUCGCCUCAGUCGGGAUCGCAGGCACCGGCGCCCGGACAGGAAGCGCGUCGGAUGCGAUCACGCGGCCGUUGGCGCCGGGUGGCGGCCGCGUGGAACGGCGGCAUCCCGGCCCGCGCGUCCAGAAGAAGUCGAUCCCCCUUGCACAGAAGCCCCACGCGCACGCCGGCGUCCAGCGGCGCCAUCAGCGGCUCAAGCAUCCACAUCGUCGAUGCGGGCACGGGUUCGGUUCCCAUGGAGACGGGGGGGGAGGCGGCGGCAGAACUCGCCGCCACCGCGGCAGAGCCGACAGUUGAGAGCGGCGAGCACGAAUCGCAUUCGGCCGGCGCGGGUGGCUCCUCCUCGGUUCGCCGACAUCCCACCAUCAUGCUGGACCUGCAGGUGAGGCGGAUCAGACCCGGGGAGAACCGGGAUCGCGACAGUAUCGCCAGCAGGACACGCUCCCGGGCCCGCGUGGCCGAGAACACGGUGACGUUUGAGAGCGACAGCGGCGGCUUCCGUCGCACCAUCUCGCGCUCGGAGCGUGCCGGGAUUCGCACCUACGUCAGCACCAUUCGGAUCCCGCUGCGGCGCAUCAGCGAGACGGGCCUGGGCGAGCCCAACUCCACCGCGCUGCGCUCCAUCCUGCGCCAGAUCAUGACCGGCUUCGGAGAACUCAGCUCCCUCAUGGAGACGGAAGCCGAUUCCGAGACUCCCGGCCACGUGGAUGUCGGUGUUAUGAAUACAAACGCUAGCCCCGCGGACCGCUUGCACGCCAGCGAGAGCGCAGCGGUCCAAGCGGAUUCGGGCGGGCAGGAUCAAGAGCGAGUGGGCCCGGGCGGCGGCGGCGGCGAGGAGGAGCAGGUCGGCCAGGCCAGGCUCAGCGGCGGUGCGGCGGAGGGACGGCCGCCGCUGCCCACCAGCCGGGACACAAACAACUUGGUGGAAAACGGCACCCUGCCCAUCCUGCGGCUGGCGCAGUUCUUCCUGCUGAACGACGAGGACGACGACGAGCACCCGCGCGGCCUCACCAAAGAGCAGAUAGACAAUUUGGCCACGCGCUCGUACGGCCAGGCCAGCCUGGAGGGCGAGGCGGGCCGCGCGUGCAGCGUCUGCAUCAACGAGUACGCGCAGGGCAACAAGCUGCGGCGCCUCCCCUGCGCGCACGAGUUCCACAUCCACUGCAUCGACCGCUGGCUCUCGGAGAACAACACCUGCCCCAUCUGCAGGCAGCCCAUCCUCGCAGCGCACCACGACUGACCCGCUUUGGCUUUGGCUUCCUCCUCCUCCUCCGCAGCCGCCUGUACAUAAGUGCGUUCAUUUCGCUGAGGAACUCAAGCUAAAGUUCAGGAGAGGAGAGAAGAGAAGGCAUAAAUCCAGAGAAUUGAAUUUUAUUUUUUUAGGCUUUUUAAUUUCACUUCUCUUUUCUGUGUCUUGACACAACUUUGUCCGCGAGUGAACUUUUCUUGCACAUCGUCCAACUCCAUUAAGACCUUUCCACUGAUCAGAAAGGACUUUUUCAUUUCCUUUGUCCACCCAGGACUGUAAAUAUCUGACCUCGGGUCGAUAAUUAACGCAAUUUCAAAUUGUCCCCAUUUUAACAAAAUCAAUUCUGGUGCACUCUUAAGUUUCUCGUAAGUGUGAUUGUGAGUGUGUGUGGUUGGUUGGUAUGUGUCCCCCGCCUGCAACCCGUGUGAGUGGGUGAGUGGAUGGAUGGAUGGAUGGAUGGAUGGAUGGAUGGAUGGAUGGAUGGAUGGAUGGUGGGUUACCUUGAGGGUGCCAACUUGCAUACAAAUAAAAUAAGCACUAUCAUUGGAUGAAGACAAAUGUAUUUGAGUUUCUGUAUUUAAUUUGUAAUAAACUUUGUAUUAAUCUAGGUUCAUUAUGAUUUGUCAAGACCCCCCCCCCCCACAACCCACGCACACACAACAGUGCAGAAGCCACCCUAUUACCAAAAGCCAAUUGCUUUCCAAUUUUUCAGGAAUUCCGAGUUGACAUUUAGCUGUGCAAUACAUACAGAUUAAAGCAAAAAAGAAACUGAUCACAAAGUCAUGCUUCAUGAGCUGUCAGAAUGUGCAAAUGAAGGAAUUCACCUUUCUUGGGACCUGGCAGACGCUCCUCAUGACACUAGUCAAUAUUUAUUCCGUUUCUAUUUAAUGAGAUGAAGAAAUCUGAAGUUUUGGAAACCACGAAUGUGUAUAUCAUGUUGCCUGCCAUGUGAUGACAGUGAAUAAACACUCAAAUGGUAUCUUAUGUGGCCCCUAAUCUUAUGUGGGGAGUGGGUGGGCCCAAACUCUGCUCCUUCACAAAAACAAUAAACGCUGCUUUGUUAUGCACGCUGA